AUGGUGGAGAAAGCUUCGUGCUACAUCAAAGUGGAGGAAGCGCAGGCCGCCAGGCAGAAAGCCGAGAAGACGAUGGCAUCAGGCAACCGACCUGAAAGAAGAGCACCCCAGCCGCCCCAGCCCUUCCAGCGCAUUCAGCCAAGGCCUGCCCCCCAGCCCGCGCCGGGAGCCAGACCAGCUCCGCGAGUCGCCGCCAUACAAGCGCCCAGGCCUGGACCAAGGGGGGCACCAUAUUGCACGCGAGCUGCGGAGCAAGGCUUGCCUCCCCCGGCGCUGGCGCCUCAAAUACAGAGGAUGGAGGAAGAAUGGGCUGCAGCUGGACGGGCUCGGCAGGCCCUGCCCGACCUAGCUGGCCAUCUAGCCAAGCUGGCUCCGGCGAAGACCGAAGAGAAGCCGGAGAACUUGAUAAUCGGGGCAACGUAG